AAGCACAACGUCGUUCUGCUGACUGACAACGAAGCCACAAGAGGUAUCCUAUCCAAAAUGUAUGCGAAGACCGCAGGCCUGGCCAAGCUCUUACGAUGCAUGACGGAGACUCUGGCGAGUCUGUCCGACCAUAACUUCUUCCCCACUCGAAUUGCAAGCGAGCACAACAUCGUGGCCGAUAGAAUAUCGAGAGGCCAGCUGACGGAGGUACCAGCUGAGUGGGAGAGGGCCGAGAUUGACCUCCGUGCGGAACUCCACCAAAUGAGUUAA